UCCAAAGUGUGCUACAUAAAGUACCGAGACCCCUCCAGUGUUGGUGUGGCGCAACAUCUCACUAAUACUGUGUUUAUUGACAGAGCUUUGAUAGUAGUACCAUGUGCGGAAGAUGACUAGAGUGGCCCAGCUGUUACACUACUACACUAGCCUGAGUCAGGCAUUGUUUUCCAAGCCACUAUCCCCGAUCGGGCCAACGCAGCCUUCAAGGGGGGAAUGUGACCAGGAGAAUAGCCCGCUGAACCUUCCAAGAUGGACACCUUGUCUCUUUUUAUUUUUUUUUUUUAUUUUUUUCCUUUUGAAAUUUUUUUCUUUUGGUUUGUUUCCUUUCAUACUUUCCCAUGUUGUCCACUCUCUACUGUCUCUAUCCAGAAUACUACAAUAUUGCUUAUCUCUAGCGUUGUGUUUAUAUUUGUUAUUUUGGUUUGUUGUUUUGAUUAUUGUCCAACCCCCCCACCCCCCUCUCUCUUUCCGCUACAGCUGCAGCUUGUGUGUGAUUGAGUUCUGUCCAGGUUGCUACGGCAUACCGAUGGGGAUGUGUGUCACACAUGGGAUGCUAGGAGGAUCCCUAACACUUUACUCUCUCGUCCACUACGCCUCGUUGUAGUGAGGGGCUAGUCUUUGUGAAAAAGUGAGAGUCGGCAGUGAAAACUUUACCUCAUCGGAGCAUAAAAUUCUUCAAGCUAUAAGUGCACUUCACAUCUGUAAUUCAAGUGUGUUGUAAAAGGCAGCAGUUAGGGCUUUUUCCUCAUAUUCCUGCUCUACGACUCUAAUGUGGAUGUUUAGUAUUUAGCAGUGAGUCGAACGCAUUAAUGCUUUGUGACAUUAAUGCUCCUUUUUCCCCCUUCUAACAUUAGAAGGGGAAAUGUGUCAUUUUUAUGCUCAGUGCCACCAGCUAUGAUGUGAUAAACCUGUAGCUGUUUUUUUUAUUAACUUCUGCAGCAAGGAAGCAGAUUAGAAUCCAGAGAGGAAAAAAAAAAAGAAAAUUCUAAUUAGUUGUUUUUUAUAGCUAAGUUUUGGCUAACCUUUCCUACAGUUCUUAAAAUUGUUGUUCUUUUCUGUAUCUGAUGUUCUGUGUGCUAUUAGUGAUGCAGCCAUUGGGGUUGUCUUGUGUUGCACACCUUUCCAACACUCCGAAACGAUCGCCCCCUCCCCCCACGGAAAAGCGUCCAUGCUUGAUAUCGUAUGGUUCAUGACCAAUAUGUUUCCAGUACAGGGAAAAUCCCAGAAGAGGCCAAGGCUUUGUCACUUUUGGCACCUGCCACUCCAGUACCCAGUCUGAUUCCUGGUGGGGGAUUGCUGCCGAUUCCUACUCCAGCUCCACUUCAGAAUCUGAACCUUCCCUUAGUGAAUCGACUUCCAGCCAAUCUCGACCCCACGGCGUCAGUACUCGCCCAGCCGCCGCUCAUGGGAAAUGUGGAUCCCUCAAAAAUUGAUGAGAUCAGGAGGACAGUGUAUGUUGGCAACUUGAACUCACAGACCACCACUGCAGAGCAGCUGUUGGAAUUCUUUAAACAGGUGGGAGACGUGAAGUUUGUCCGAAUGGCCGGAGAUGAGACCCAGCCCACUCGUUUUGCCUUUGUAGAGUUUGUUGAGCAAGAGUCUGUUGCCAGAGCCCUCACAUUAAAUGGAGUCAUGUUUGGAGACAGACCGCUGAAGGUUAAUCAUUCCAAUAACGCUAUUGUGAAACCCCCAGAGCUGACGCCUCAGGCUGCUGCUAAAGAGUUAGAAAAUGUGAUGAAGAGGGUGCGUGAAGCACAGUCUACCAUUGCUGCUGCCAUUGAACCUGAAACAAAGAAGCGUUCCUCCAGCCGGUCUCAAAGGUCACGGCGGUCACAUUCACGCUCACGCUCCCGUUCACACUCAAAGGCACGCCGGAAAAGAUCCCGCUCAAAACAUAGCAGAACAUCACAGAGGUUGUUGCCGGGCAGUGACUCUCACAGUUCCAGAAGCAGUCACAGGAGACGCUCUCGCUCCAGAGACAGGAGAUGCAGCCGGAGUCGCUCGAGUGUUGUUCCCAGGGGGCACAAGCGCAGGAGUAAGGAUCGGUCAAGAAGCCCUCGAAGGAAAGCCAAAUCACCGUCACCAAAAAGAAGUAAAAGAGAGAAGAAGAGGGAACGCAGCAGGGACAGAAGGGACGGGUCCACGUCCAGAAAAAGGAGCCGCAAAGACGAGGACAGGAUAAGGAGCAAAGCCAAGCCAGUGAAGGCUGAAGCGAGGUAUGUCAGAGAAGGAAAGGAAGAAAGUGACAGAGAAGGCUCAGCCACACCAAGUGAGGACAUGACGUCAUCACCCUGCGCCCAGCAUAACGGCAGCUACAAGACUAACCACGAGGAGGAAGCAUCUGUUGGUGCAAAGUGACUUCAGCAACACCAUGGACACUAAUAUUGUUCAUCCAGGUAUCUUAUUGCCCAUUGUGUACGUGCGUGAGUGUGUGUGUGUGUGUGUGUGUGUGUGUGUGUGUACAUACAGAAACACUGAAUGGCCUCUUACACUUUUCUUUUCCUUUCCCAUUAUCAUCCCCUGACUGCUGACACACAUGGCUCCUCUAAGUCAGCCUAAUCUCACUAUCAAACCUUAAGGGCAAGUGAGUGCUCAGCAUCAUAGAGAAGGCCACACUUUUUCUGCUUAGCUGGUCCACUGACCUCUUCUUCUUCUUCUUCUGCUUCUGCUUCUUCUUCUGCUUCUUCUUCUGCUUCUGCUUCUGCUUCUUCUUCUGCUUCUGCUUCUUCUUCUGCUUCUGCUGUCCUUAUGGUAUAGGUUCUUAAACUUUUAACAGCUAGUAUAGUAGUCCUGUAAUGUCCCCACAUUUCCAGCAGAGCAUUGCUUUGCUAUGAGGUGAUCAUUAUUCACCUUAUGUAGGUCUGAGCCUACUGCAGAAGUUUUGAGGGUGCCCAGGAAGGAAGGAAGGUUGGUUACAUUCCAGACACACAGAUGAGGAAUAGAGGUCAUACUCGUUUAUCCAUUCAUUUAAAGCUAGAUUUGUUAUUUGUGACUGUCACAUACUUACAUAUUUAUUAACUGUAAAGUUCAGUACUUCAAAAAAGUUUUGAAGUACAAAUAAACAGCAACAGUCUGCAGCAGGAGUAAAAUGUUUGCCUUAAAUUGCUUAGUGAGGAACAUUAAGGGUUCGUUACAUGCCUGUUCUGUGUGAGAGCCAGAGGGAAAGCAGGGUUCCCAACCAUAAUCUGAAUGCUUAAAAAUAUAUAUAUAUAUCAGCGCCAGCAUGAAAUCCCUUCUUAGAGCCUCAUCCUGAGUCUUUCUGUCAUCACCAUUUUGGUGUUGUUAAACAGGACAUGGUGAGCAAGGAGGCAAUGCAAGUAAGAAACUGAAGGUUACACUCCUAGACAAGUGAUUAGUUAAGUACAAGGUAGGCCUACCUUAAAGCAGCUAACUCUAAUUCUGAUCUUAAUUUACAAAAAUGAACAUGAGCACAUUGUAUUCAGUAAGUCUUAGGACUAGACACUUUUCCCUCACAGACUUGUACACAGUCUGGCUUGUUUUUCUCAUUAUUUUUGCUGCACUGGCUGUGGUCACACGAUGGCUGUGCGAGCAACUUCCCAUAUUUUUUUGCCUUUUCACUAAGUGAAGCAAUGGCACAUUAUAUAUUUAAUGCAUGUUUCAGGAAGUGGAUAAACACAAAGUCCCUUAGAGGAAUAUUGACUUUAAAAUAACAUUUCUGCUUAUGCUAAAAUGCUCAUUUGCCCCUUUGUAUGUUGGUGAAGGAAAAUUUGGGCUGUGAUGUCAGUGAAGUGACCUUUAAGUCCCCUUUUUGCACCAUAUUUGUUUUAUGAUCUGGGAACGGUUGCAUCCUGCAAACUGCAUUUGAAUUUUAUGGCUUGAAGUGGCGUAGUGACGAGAUUAGAGAACGGUGUUAUCUUAUGCUGUGAACAGUGAACUCAUUUGGUUGACAUGAACACUUUUGUUUUAUUUCCUUCUUUUUAUUUCAUAGCUGUACAUCAUUGAAUUGCUUUUUCUAUUUCUGGUUAGUAGUUGCAACAAGGUCACAAAGUAUCAUGUCCUGCUAUUGUUCUAAUACUGUGUAAGGAGAAAAAAGUUAUUUACUGUUUUAUACUGUAUAUAAGUCACAUGCCUAUACUGUAAAAUAAUGGUGAUGUGCUAUAAAUGUCUGUCGGCUCAUGUUACUGGAGAAAGUGGGGCGAUUAAAGUUCUCAGAAGCAGUCAAGAAGAGACUUAACAGGAAAUGUCACAGGUCCACAAACUGCAUGUAAGCACAUUAGGGCCAAAAAGUGCCUACACUAAGAAAAAAUAUGGAGACUUGUUUAGGAUGUUGAAAACUAAUGAGACGUUAUAUUAAAGUUUUAGCUGUCCUCAUUAAUUCAUUACAGAGUAUACUAAUAAUUAAGUAGACCUAGUUCUUUUUCAGUGUUUUAUUUUUCUCAAUUUUUACUAUUUCAGUUUAUUCAGUCAAGUGUUUGCAAGCUGGCUCCAGAUUGAGAUCUAUGUGACUUUUUGUGUGUGUGUUCUGUUUUUUUUUUUUUAACGCGUUUUUAAAAGGAUACUUUAUGGCUGUGUGUGGCCAAAUUCCUCUUUGCUGGAUUUUACAGACCUGAUUUUAUGAUUGCUUGUAUUUUGUUGCCCUGCCUUCUGCCUUUUUUUUCUUACUUUGUUUUUACAAUUUCAAAAAAGAAUCUUCAGUGUGAAGUGUUCAUCUUAUGAUAAAAUGUAGUUUUAAAAAUCCAAGUAUUUCAGUAUGUGAAGAAUUUUAUUUUUAUAAACAUUUAUCCACUUCUGAAGGUAUAUUAUGUAUAAACAUGUUUGACGGUUCAGUCCAUGAGUAGUGGUCCUUUGAUGCUGGAUUUGGGACUCUAUGUAAAAGUCUGGUGCCACUGUUUUUGAAGAGCUUUCAUGUAUAAAUCCUCCUCAGUUCAAAUCUAACAGUACAUCCGUUUCCAAAAACACUCAAUAAAAGAGAUUUUUCAUUGA